AUGGAUUCGCUCUGCGGCUUGAUGCCCCCGAGCUGCGGCAGCUGCCGGGUCUUCGGCUCGGAGCGACCAGAGGAGGUGCAGAGACUCCUGGGCGUGUGCCCGCAGCACGACGUGCUCUGGGACGAGCUCACCUGCGAGGAGCACCUGCAGCUCUUCGCGGGCUUUAAGGGCGUGCCCAAAGAGGCAGUUGCGGAGGAGGUGGCGACCAUGCUGGAGCGCGUGGGCCUUGCCAAGGCGGGCGCGGGCAGAGUCCGGGCUGGAAAGCUGAGCGGCGGAAUGAAGCGGAAACUGAGCCUAGGCAUCGCCUUCCUGGGUGGCUCGCGCCUGGUGGUGCUGGACGAGCCCACGAGCGGCCUGGAUCCCUUUUCCCGGCGCGCGGUCUGGGAGUUGUUGCGGUCCAUGAAGCAGGGCCGCGUCACGGUGCUUUCAACUCACUACAUGGACGAGGCCGACAUCCUGGGAGACAGGAUCGCCAUCCUCCACGAGGGCAGGCUGAGGUGCUGCGGGUCUCCUCAGUUCCUGAAGCGCGCCUACGACUGCGGUUACAACAUCACCUUCGUGAAGAAGCCUGGGUGCAACACCGAGGCAGUGCGCGAGGCGGUGUGUCGGCAUGUGCCGGAGUUCACGUCUGAAGUGACGGUGCUGUCCAACAGUGGCAAGGAGCUGAUUUUGCAGUUCCCCUUCAGCGCUGCGCGGCACUUUCCGCAGGUGCUGAGUAGCCUCGAGCAGCACUUGUUGGAUCUCAAGCUCGAGUCCUACGGCAUCUCCGUGACCACCUUGGAGGAGGUCUUCCUCAAAGUUGCCUCUGGGGAGGCACCACGGCCGGAGAGGACAAAGCCGUCGGGUGGAUCGCCCACUGGGAUGUACAUCGAGCUGGGGGAGUUAGGCGGUGAGGUCCAGGCGCGGGAGGUCUUCUCCGCGCGGGAGAGGAGCGCCGGCAGUGGCGGCGCCUCGGUGCUGCGGCAGACCCAGGCCUUGCUGCAGAAGCGGGUGCGCUAUGGGCUGCGGGACAAGAAGGGCUUGCUGUGCCAGCUGCUGAUGCCUCCGGCCACCUUGCUCCUCUUCUUGCUCGUCCUGUCGCACAACCUCUUCAGCAGUCAGCCCGUCCUCGAGCUGGCGGUCUUGGAUUACAACACCCAUUGCUCCCAGGAAGCUCCUGGAGGAAAAGGCGACGGCGGCGAGGGUGCGCAGAACCUGGUGGAGUUCACCUUCCUGCCCUCGGUGGAACCUGCAGCCGCCGAGGCCCUUCUGAAGCCCGGAGAGGCGCUGUGGAACGGCGGGCUGCGGAAGCACCUGCCGCCUUUGGUGGGGGACGGGGAGAAGCAACUCGAGCAGGAGCUCCGAGCGGAGCUGCCGCUGGUGCGCCACUACAAGGACCAGGUCUCGGCCGCCUUUGUGGCCCUCUUCCGAGGCGACGAGCUCUUCCUGGUGAAAGGCAGCCGCAGCGGGCUGUGGCAGCUCCCGGGUGGGAUGAUCGAGGAGGCGGAUGCGAACGUCUGGGAGGCAGCGACCAGAGAGUUCUUCGAGGAGAGACCGGAUCCCAAGCGCCGCUCCCGCCCACCAGGCUGCAGGGCUGGUUCGAGACCGCCAUCCAUUUGCCGCACAGCCUCUUCAAAGGAGUAA